AAGGAUCCUGAGUCAAUGGCUUGGGAAACUGGGUUGCAAUAAAACUGGAAGCAGCAUCUCCAGCAGACUGCAGUUUUUCUGUCAGAACUCCAAGGAAGAAGAGGAGGAAUUAAGGGUGUGACAAAGCAGCAGUCAUGCAGGGGAGCAUCCUUCUUCCCACCUCACUCUAACUCCCGUAGAUACGUUUGCUGUAUUAUUUUUUAUUUUUGCCUCCUCUUUCUUAUCUCAUCCAGCCGUCUUCUCGCCGGGACUGGAGCAAUUAUGGACAAAGCUGGAUGCUCGGAAAAGAUUAAUGAAGUUUCACCACUUAAAUGUGCAUUUGCAAUAUUUGAUGCCGACUUCUUCAAUGAUACUAAGAUAGCCGAGAUUGAGCAGGGUGCAACCGAGCUGAACAUCCCUAUAUCAAGAGCCAAUCGUAAGUUAGUUGCUUCCAUUAAUGGAGGUUUACAUGAUCCACCUUAUUUGGUUUUCAAUCCUGAGUGGGGCAAUGAACAAGUGCAAAGCCGAAGCAAAAGAUUCAGUUAUCCUUCCCUUUCUGGAAUAGAGAGGCCCGAAAGUGAAGAAGAUAUUGCCUUCAUGACUGUUCUUGAACUGGGGGAACUCAUUAAGACAAAACAAAUUACUUCUGAGGAGCUUACUCGAAUUUUUCUUCAUAGAUUAAAGAGGUAUAAUCAUGUUCUUGAAGCUGUGGUCACUUGCACCGAAGAAUUGGCAUACAAGCAGGCAAAAGAGGCUGAUGAAAUGCUUGCUCGAGGAAUAUAUUUGGGUCCCCUGCAUGGGAUUCCAUAUGGGUUGAAGGAUAUAAUUUCGGUACCCCAGUACAAGACUACUUGGGGUUCAAGAACUUUCAAAGAUCAAGUUCUUAACAUUGAAGCUUCGGUUUACAAGAAGUUGAAGUCUGCUGGGGCUGUUCUUGUUGCAAAGCUUGCUACUGGAUCACUGGCAUAUAGUGACAUCUGGUUUGGAGGUAGGACGAGGAACCCAUGGAAUAUUAUGAAAUACUCUAGUGGUUCAUCCUCUGGAUCUGCUGCUUCCACCUCAGCAGGCAUGGUUCCUUUUGCAAUUGGCUCAGAAACAUGUGGCUCCAUAACCUCCCCUGCUGCUCGUUGUGGUGUGACUGCAUUACGCCCAACUUUCGGUGCUGUUGGUCGAACAGGUGUAAUGAGCAUAUCAGAAAGCUUGGUAUCACCAUAUCAUCUUCACUUUAUGUGCUACAUUUGUUUCCCUUAUUUUGUUGUGGAAUCUAAAUAUACAUAUAUUCAGGAUAAGAUUGGACCAUUCUGUCGAAGUGCUGCAGAUUGCUCAAUUAUCCUGGAUGCGAUUCUCGGAAAGGAUCCAGAUGAUCCCUCCUCAAAAGACAUUUCCCUUGAUGACCCAUUCUCAGUAGACAUCACAAAUCUUACUGUUGGGUAUCUGGAUGAUGCUGAGAUGGAGGUUGUUCAUAUACUUGAAUCAAAGGGCGUUAAAAUGGUUCCUUUCAAAUUGAAUUACACUGUCAACCAUGUUCAAGGAAUCCUCAAUUUUACGAUGGACGUUGAUAUGUUGGCUCACUUUGAUGAGUGGCAGCGAACUGGGGAGGAUGACUUUUAUGAAGCUCAAGACCAAUGGCCUGUUGAACUACGCCGUGCACGCGUGAUUCCUGCAGUAGACUAUGUCCAGGAUUUGCAAUAUUGUUCACAGGCCCAAAGAGCACGAGGAAAAUUAAUCCGGGAAAUUAGAGAAAGUUUUACUGUUGAUGCUUUCAUUGGCAGUGCAACUGAUCCGGAGAAAGUCUGCAUGGGCAAUCUUGUUGGUAUGCCUGUUCUUAUUGUCCCAACGGGUUUUACCCAAAUAUCUAACCCGCCUCCUGAUGGUAGUCGACGAAGGAAGACCAUCACCACUGGCAUUUAUGCUCCUCCAAACCAUGAUCACGUUGCUCUCGCACUGGGCAUGGCUUACCAGUCAGUCACCGAGCACCAUAGACAACCUCCACCUAUUGAUGAUCUUGGGCCAAAUGACGUGAUAGUUGAUUCCAUAUCCACCCGUGGUUACCAAUCCUCCCAGACAAUUCCAUGAUUAGAAGGUUCCGUAUCUUCUGGUUCAGCUGUCAUAAUGUAGCUCUCAUACCAGCUCCACCAUUCAUUAUAGAAAUGGAGUUAGUAGUAUAAUAAUAGCUGGCUCUGAGACCUCUGGCUUUGCCCCAGUAACCGUCUUCUUAAUUAGUCAUGUAAUAAAUCUAGUAAACUCCUGAAAGCUUGUAGUAUCUACUCUCAAAAAGUAAAGAAUCAGGUUGUUGGUUUUUUGAGAUGGC